AUGUCGGCUGUACACACUCGUCGCGAGCCUCUCGCCGAAAGUCUCGGCAUCGCUCCGAUCUCCGAUCCAAUCGGAGUAGCGCGAGACGAGACGAAGAGUGAAACCAGCGGGCUCGGCAUGGUCGCAUUUUUCUCGUUCUCGGCCUGUCUCGGAGUGUCCCGACGAGUGUGUACAGCCCGCAAUACUUCUACAAACAAAGGAAGUGGCAGGCCAAAAUCCACGUGGUGGUCCAAUAUUAGAAACGACCUGAAGAACCUGAACAUCGAAGAACAGACAACCCAGAACCGACCACUCUGGCGCAAAUUGACAAGGAGACCCGACCCCACAUAG